ACGCAGAUGGCCCUGAACACGCACAUCCUAUGAUCCUAUUCCAGACAUUGCAGUCUUCUAGCACACUCAAUCUCACCUGGUCUGAUAUUCCAAGUUGCUGUCAAAUCACCACGAUCUACCGAAGUUUUUUCUCCUCUAUCGUCAUGCUCGUGUAUCUUUGUUUUCUCUUCCUCUCUUGCUGAUGCCUGAUUUUGUUUACUGCGCUUCUUUUCCAUUUGCUCUAACGUAAGGCGUCAACUCAUAGUUCAGUGCUCGGCACAAUACUUCUUGGCUAUAGUACUUGGAUAGAAAACAGGAGGAAUUUUGCUAGUUUGUGUUAGGUUCGAAUGUACUGUGUUUCCAGUGUAUGUUGAUAUUCGAGCUCAUACCUUGCAUCGGUUUACGAUUCACUUCGCACCGGCAGUGCUCAAAAUCCUGGAUCGCAGUCGUUUACUUAGGCUGGGUCGUCAUAGCGCCAGUAAACUCUCAAGAUAAAAAUAAAGUUCCAACACAGUAAAUAUUAUGACAAGACAUAAUGAAUGCACAACAGGCCUGGUUUGAAGCACUAAAUAUGUGCUUUCCUGGGAAACCAUGUGAAUCUGAUGUGUGGUGUCUGAUAUUGCGUUUUGAGGAUCACCUGCACUUUUCUUUCUAAACAACGAGAUAACUUCUGCAGUCUAUGACCAAGUCAGGGACACCAGGCUUUACUUGCAAUCGAAUGUUUUUUUGUGAGCAAGCUCAUACACAAUUGGUACGUAGGUCGUAGGUGGACUGUGUAACGUAAACGGACAGAGACGCUAUACUCUGACUGAAUCCAGAGAAGGAGCUGGUCGGCCUACCAAUAUUCGAAGCAGGAGAUACCAGCAGCUGACUUCACUUUGGAAGUACAAUCUUAUUUCCUGUAUGCAGACCGUGGUGGAGAAUAAUCCUUACUGUAGUGUAUUGAACACCAUUACUGGUAGCGCAAAAGUGUCAAAGCUCAAGGGUGGAGAUAGAGCUGUUGUGGACUUUGUGGCAGCAGUCGGAACAGGACCCAAGGAGCCGAUGCAGAAGCUGUUACUGGAAUGCGACCUGAUCUUAUUAUCAAUCCCCACGCCUUUCCAUUCAGUAUGACGAUUGGGAUGCUCAUGUAAUCAAUGGCUGCCAAGGUUGGCGUUUUAAGAGGGAAGUUUAUAAAUGCUACGCCAUUUCCAAAGUGCGCUGCCGAGUCGAACAGCAACCAGAAAAAUAAGGAUGAGUCUCUUAUCGACAAGUAUGGAAAGCAGUGAAAGGAAUACGGUUUCAGUUACCAUGGCACAGAAGUCAUGUAUAGUGGUGUCUUGGGCACAGAACUUACGUGUGAAAUUUACAUCGGCUGUGUGUACUAUCAAAGAGUUCGUCAUAUAGUUGGAGACAAGUAUCAGGUGAGAUCCACUGGUGCUGUGAAUCCUGUGACACGACAGCCUGUUAAAGGCAAAAUUUUGGUGGUGGUACUCGUUUCGGAGAGAUGGAGCGAGAUUCGUUACUUGCUCAUGGUGCAGCGUACUUGUUGCAUGAUCGGCUACAUACUUGCUCAGAAUAUCAUCCUGCGGACAUUUGUGUUCGAUGUGGAAGUCUGUUGUCUACCACACCUGUAAUUCAGCAGAAGAGCAGUGCAGCUUUUGCUAUGGGAUUACGGUCAAGUAAAGAGAGCAAAGUCAUCUGUAGAUGUGCAAUUCAAGUCGGGAUAUUGAGCUUGUCGCCACGACUUACGUUUUCAGAUAUCCUGCCUCAGAGUUGGCAGCCAUGA